UCAUAUGUAGACGGCCAUCGAGAGGAAAGGAAAGGAAAAUCUUAGAAAAAAAGGGCAUAAUGAGGAGAAAGAUCGAAAUAAAGCUGAUCGAAGACAAGCCAAAACGACACACGACCUUCACAAAACGGCGGCAGGGCCUCAUGAAGAAAGCCGAGCAACUCUGCGAGAAAUCCAACUCCCAGGCCGUCGUCAUCGCCUUCUCCGGCUCCGGAAACUGCUACUGCCUCGGCCAUCCCCACGCCGACCCCGUCUUGGACCGCUACUUCGGAGAAUCCUCUUCCGCCACUACCGAGCCGGAGGAGGAGGCGCCGCCGCUCACGGAGGCGGAGAGGAGGAUCGGCGAUGCCAUGAAGAGCGGGCGGUGGGUGGACGCCGCCACGGGGUUGAAAGUGGACGAGCUUGACGAAUUGCUUGCGGAGUUGGAGGAGAGUACGCGUAGGGUGGAGGCGCUUGCGGCGGAGUCCGGUUGAGAUUGUGGUCGGAGUUGCUAAUUAGGGUUUCUAAUUUGGAAUUUUAAUUUAAUUUGCAUAGUGCUAUCUUUUUGUUGUUUUAUUAUAGUUAUGUUAGAUCUGCAUACCUGUCACUUGAUCGGAACUGAAUACAUAUUUAUUUUAUGUCGAUGCUAAA